GAUGGCGGCGUACAAAUUUCUGCUGCCGCCGCUCAGCCGCCGCAUCCUCUUUGCCGCCGCGCGGGCGCGAGGCGCUGGGGCUGAGAUUUGUGGAUGCUCUUUUUCAACCAGCUGUCAUCACAACACCAAAUUUUAUAUUGAUCCUGUUGAAGCUGUCAAAGAUAUACCUAAUGGGGCAACUAUACUUGUUGGUGGUUUUGGAUUGUGUGGGAUUCCUGAAAACCUCAUUGCGGGCUUACUGAAGACUGGAGUAAAGGGAAUCACAGCAGUCAGUAAUAAUGCAGGUGUUGACAAUUUUGGACUUGGUCUCCUGCUUCAGACUAAGCAAAUAAAACGCAUGGUGUCAUCAUAUGUUGGAGAGAAUGCUGAAUUUGAACGCCAGUAUUUAUCAGGCGAGCUUGAAGUUGAGCUUACACCUCAGGGUACUCUCGCUGAACGUAUUAGAGCAGGAGGAGCAGGAAUCCCAGCAUUUUACACCAGUACUGGCUAUGGGACGCUGGUGCAGGAAGGGGGUGCGCCUAUCAAAUACAACACAGAUGGCACCAUUGCCAUUGCCAGCCAGCCAAGAGAGGUGCGAGAGUUUGAUGGCCGUCACUUUAUUCUGGAGAAGUCAAUUACAGGAGAUUUUGCUCUUGUGAAGGCAUGGAAGGCUGAUCGUGCAGGAAACAUCAUUUUCAGGAAAACUGCAAGAAACUUCAAUCAACCUAUGUGCAAAGCUGCCAAGACAACUGUGGUGGAGGUGGAAGAAAUUGUUGAUAUAGGAGCAUUUGCCCCAGAAGACAUUCAUGUUCCCAAAAUCUAUGUUGAUCGUCUGAUACGAGGAGAGAAGUUUGAGAAGAGAAUUGAACGCUUAUCAAUUCGAAAGCCUGAAGAUGCAAAAGCCAAGCAAAAACAAGGAGACAAUGUGAGGGAGAGAAUCAUCAGACGUGCUGCUUUAGAGUUUGAGGACGGCAUGUAUGCCAAUCUGGGAAUUGGAAUCCCACUGUUGGCCAGUAACUUCAUCAGUCCUGACAUAACUGUUCAUUUACAGAGUGAAAAUGGAGUCUUGGGUUUGGGUCCUUAUCCACUUGAAAGUGAAGUAGAUCCAGAUCUUAUUAAUGCAGGUAAGGAGACAGUCACUGUUCUUCCAGGUUCUUCCUAUUUCUCCAGCGAUGAAUCAUUUGCAAUGAUAAGAGGAGGCCAUGUUGAUUUGACAAUGCUUGGAGCUAUGCAAGUGUCCAAGUAUGGUGACCUGGCCAACUGGAUGAUUCCUGGUAAGAUGGUGAAAGGAAUGGGAGGUGCCAUGGACCUGGUAUCCAGUGCAGAGACCAAAGUGGUUGUCACCAUGGAACACUCAGCCAAGGGCAAUGUCCACAAAAUCUUGGAAAAGUGCAAUUUACCACUUACUGGGAAACAGUGUGUAAACCGCGUCAUAACAGAGAAGGCUGUGUUUGAUGUGGACAAGAAGAAGGGAUUGACUCUUGUGGAAAUCUGGGAAGGACUGACAGUGGAUGAUAUCAAGAAAAGCACUGGCUGUGACUUCACGGUUUCACCAAAACUGAUGCCAAUGAGGCAGAUUUAAAUGUGAAGUACAGAGUGGGCUUAACUUGCCAGAAGGCUUGUUUCCAAAUGGGAGUUCAAUGAAGAGAAAUCUAUGACUGUCUUGCAAUUUUAUGUCUUUUUUUUCCCCCUCUUUUUAAAGGGCUUUGUUAGUAGUUUCCAGAUAGUUAAACCCAGGCUGUGACUGUCAGCCUAAAUUGUAUUUUACUUUCAUUACAUUACCAGUUUUAAUGGAAGCAUGAAUUUAUUCGCUAUAUUUUGAAUAAUAUUACACUGAAAUGUUAAUGAGUAAUGUCAAAAAUUGCCUUGUAGUCUCUAUGCCAAAAACUACAUUUUUUACACAGAUUCAGAAAAAAUGACCAUGCAAAACUUCUGAUUGCCUCUGCAAUCCUUUUCCUGAUGUUGUUAAACUUACAAGUCACUCCAUUGCUCUGGAACUAAGCACUUAGCCUGUCCACUCAUCUGUAAAAGUGUGGGCUUUUUUCAGAUCUGUAGCAAAUGUAUGCAGCUGUGGAAGAACAUCAGGAAUAUGAACUUCCCUUUUCCUGAACUUUUACUGAGUCUAUGACAAAAAUGUGUGUGCUGGAGGAAAUAACUGGGUCCUUAGCCCCGAAUGUAUCUGCUAUUUCCACACUGGAUAUCUGUUGACAUUAAGAAGCCUACACUUUCCAAACUCUGACCACUUGAGCUUAAAUCAUACAAACCAGGAUGGGGAUAGCACAGAGGAGGAAGUUUAAAAAGUCUCUAUCCUUGUGUGAACAACUGGUAGCUGCGCAACCGUUCCAUGUGAACAGCUCUUGCUCUCCAGAUAUGAUCCUUCACCCCAGGCCUGACUCAAAGGCAAAUUAAGAUUGUUUCUGGAGUGAGCUCUGUCCUUCCAGUGUUACAUAGAGAAACAGGGGAAGAGAAUGAUGUGGGCACUUGGAAGAUUCUUCUGAAAGGAAUACAGUUGUUUAAGGGUGAAAGCACUAAGUUUACACCACUUGCCAAUGAAGGCAUUGUCAAAAACUGAAGAGUUUGAUACGCCAAAUUCAUGACAACCAGGAUGAACGCCACGAGACAAUGAAAAUGAAAGUAAUUCUCUCAUACGGGUUCUGCUGUGUGAUAAAGAUCUCCUUUUUCCUGUUCUUAAUUACAAAAUCACUGGGUUUUUUUUGUUCAAAUAGGUAAUAUGACAGCAUUGAAUCUCACAUCCUAAACCAGUGCAAUUUAUUAAAUGUUUAUUAUCAGUGUUUAUUAAACAGAGCAUGAAUUGAUUGGAAGUCUACAUUUACUAAAAUGCAGCAUUGUCUCCAUGUGUAAUGGUUUCUGUCUUUCAUGUAAAUAGGAACACUUAAAACCCUGCAGUUAAAAUAAUUCCUGACGUAGUGUUUGACAUCAGGACUGGAGCAGAUCAAAUGACUGAAAAAACAUGUAAAAUGUAGCUGCACAAAUAAAAAUAUGCAUAUCAUACAUGUGAUAAGCAGUGUUGGGAUAUGGUAUAGGAGGACAUUCUAACACCAGGUGGAUGAGAUGUUCAUCAUAGUCAAUGAGUGUUGUGGAAUGAACAUAACAUGUUUCUAUGGUACUGGACAGGAAAAAUCCUGCAAUAGUUAGCUCCUGCACUAAGCCUUUGUACUGCAUUUUUCCAUUCUGAAAUAAGAAAUGCUUCUCUCAUGGGACAGUUAUCAAAAUUGUCUUGUUCCACACAUGGCUUGUAUAGCAGUAAAACUGUUUAUUGAUUAGAGAGAUUAUUUUCUUUAGCUGCACUUACUUUAAACAGUUCUUUGAUAAUCUCUUGUCAAUGUCAACACAGGUUAUCCUUCUUCUCACCGAUAAAUAAACAAAAUGCCUUCAUAAGCACCUUUACGUAUAGAAGUACAGAAGCACUCCCACUAAGUAGUAUGACCUGAACUCAUGGGUGCUGAUGGCUGGUAGGGUCAUUGUAUAGCCUGAACAUGUAGGCAAGACCUGAUGCUGAAAGAAAGAUGUUGUACAAAGACCGGUGUUAAUUUCAUGGUUAAAGUUGUACAAGUGAUUUGGUUGAUAGGUAUUUUGCAUGCAAGUCUUGAAGCUGCUUUCACCAAAGUGCCCAGACUUAACCCAGGAUUAGCACAAGUUAAUUUUCACACAGUUUGUUUUGUUUAGGUUUAUUCCUUAUGUUAUUCACUCAUUCCAAACAGGCAACUUUCUUAAAGCUUGUCCAUGUCUAUUGCUCACAGAGGUUUUGCAGAUGAAAAGUCUCUAUGUAACAAAAGUUGAGUCUGUUUUAACUCAGUAAGAAAUUGGUUCCUGAUAGGGUAGCCCAGAGGCCUCCUCCCCAGUCUAUAAAAACACUUCAGAGACAUUUCUGACAAGGGACACAAGUUACUGUUGGCUUACCCAGAGUGAAAAAAAAAAAAAUUGCUGGGGAAGUCUUAAAUCUAGAAACAAAAUGUUGAUCUAUUGCAAUUACCUAUGCUACAUUAGUUGUAGGACUGGUUAGUUAGUUACAAAGAACAUUUAUUGACAUGUAUAAAGUAGAGGAGAAGUGUCUGAGGACAGUAUCAGGUGUAUGCUGCUGCUGUUGCCAUAGAAUUGUGGCAUACGCACAGAAGCCAUCAUUGCCAUUAACAUAUGGCUACCAGAAGACUGGUGACCUGAUGAUAAUGUCUGGGAGUUCUGCAUCUUGCUUUCUGAAGCAAAGAGUUAGGAGCCAAGAACGCCCAAGUUUCAUCUUUUCCAGUUCUCCACUUAACUGCCUUGAGAAAUAUCACCUGUGCUCUCUGCCUUGCCUCCUGUUGCUGGAAAAGGGGAUAUUAUUCUUCCUACCUCACAGGGAUGUUGUAAGGAAUAACCAGCUAAGGUCUGUGCAACAGGUAGGUUUUUUUUCUCUUCAGCAUGGAGAUUGUACUUGCUUGAGAGUUCGGAAGAGAACUUCAAGAUUGUCACACAUUCUGGAUUUUUGAGUGCUGUGUCUUCUCUUAUUUGCAUCAAUGUUAAUGGAAGGGAGAAAAAGUCAAUAUGGUGCUGAAAAUUGGGGAUGAAAGGAGAACAGGCUCUCUCCAUAUAUAGAGGUGGCACAAAUACCCCUAUGUCACACUGCAGGGGUUUUUUGUAUCUUGAGGAUGGUGUAUUGUGGUGGAAAAUUGGUAUUGUUAUGAAAACACCACACAUCCGGCACAAGAUAAUUGCAAUGAGGUGUGACUCCGCCUUAUUAAUUGAUUUGUAAAGUAGAAUUGGAAAUUGAAGCACUCCUAAGUAUUUCACUCACUGUGGAUACAGGUGUGAUUCCUGAGUAAGACAUAUUCUGAGCAGCAGUUGUGACUGUCAGUGUCACAAGGGUGAGAGAUUCUCAUUCCUCUUUGGUGGCUGGUGGUAUGCACAAAGGGUUAUAGGGACAGACCUGAGAUCAUUCCCUGCUUGACAGCACUUCACAAGACAAGAACAAUUAAUACUCUUUGUCUUGAAGAAGAUGAUUCUGCUAUGUUAUCACAUCGGACUUAUUUUGCUUUCUGUUUUAUUGACUUUUGUCCCAUAAAAAGUAGAAAAAAAAGAGAAAUAGUAAGCAAAAUGUAGUUGUACUGUAAGCUGUGCAAGCUAAACAUAAAAAAUCGUAUGUAUUUGCAAAACAAUCAAUAAAAUAGAGAUUAAAAUUC